UCCUGUCCUGUCAGACUGCAGCAUGAAAACAGAAAAGAGGUGGACAUUCUGCACAUAGGAACGGAGGAGCGGAGCAUUGGAGCAUCGUGGAGGACGCGCGCUGUCCGGCAUGGUGGAUGCUUGUGCCUAUAGGAGGUGACGGUGCGCAUAGAGCAGAGCCGGGAAAACUUUACCUGGAACUUGGAGAAACUUACAGAAGAGAAGAAUUUGAAGAACAAGACUGAGAGCGAAGUGUCCAAGAGCCUGGGAAAAUCUCCAUGAGAGUCACUGAAGAAUGUAUGUCUCCCAUCGGAGGGUGCAGGCUGGAGUUUCGUAAGGACCGGAUCGCUUUGGGAUAAAUCUGUUUUUCAGUUUCCUACAACAAUCAUCUCCACCAUUAAUGUUGCAAUAAGGAUAAAAUAUUAUUCAGCUGACAUUAAGUUAAAGAAACCGUGCCAACGUAAUUAUGGGGGAAACAGCCCCCCCUCAAGCCCCGGCGGGGAGUCUCGCCAUUGGAGUAUCUAAUGUGGGUCUGCUCGGCGGUGGAACGGUGGCUCCUCGGUUGCACAGCGCCAUAGUUGAACGGCUACGGGCUCGAAUAGCGGUUUGUCGCCAACAUCAUCUUAACUGCGAAGGCCGUUAUAAUCGCAGUCGGGCGGAAAGUUCUGACCGAGAGCGGGAGAACACCCUGCAGCUGCUGACCCUUGUCCAGCAUGGCCAGGGCACUAGAAAGAGCAGCAAGCAUAGCAAGAGUUCGUGUGCUGCCCCCCCUGACUACCGCCACCAGCAGCCGCAGCAACCGCAACACCUCACCAACGAGGGCAAUGACAUUAAUGGAGGCCAGCAAGCUCCUAAUGGACUGGGCCAAAGAAACUCUGCUCUUAUCGCACUUCAAGGAUCUUUAAAGAGAAGAUUGGUGGUGAACGUAACCUCAACUAAUAAUAAGAGAUCGAAUGGUGUAGCCGAUAAUACCUUCCUAGAUUUCAAGAAAAUUAAGAGCAAUGAGUGCAUUUCAAUGGGGCAAAAUAUGUAUCAUUCAGUGGAUGGAGCGAGUCAGUCAGUCAAUGGAGCAAUGCCCAUGGAUCAGGGGAUGCAUAGGAAGAAUGGCAACAUAAGUAAUGACAUGUUCAGUACAACCCUAAAGGAUAUCAAAAAGGAACCCGGGGAAAACCUAUCAUGCAGCAAACAUCUUGAUUCCCAUCUUCCUCAUGAGAACAUGUUUAGAUACGGGGAUGACAAUGGGGAUCAACUAAUGGACCCAGAGCUCCAAGAACUGUUUAAUGAGUUUACGUAUAUAUCCGUGCCACCAAUGAGUGAUAUUGAAUUGCAAAAUAUGAUCAAUAUAACAAUUAAGCAAGAUGAACCUUUCAACAUAGACAUUGGUCAACAAAAUCAAAGAAAUGUAACGUCAUCUUUACCUAUGGACAAAGUAGUCAUUAAAAGUGAAUAUUCUCAAUGUCUAAAUCCUACUAGGGUUAGUUCACCACAGAUGAGACCUAACUCUACAGGGCCAACUUUUUCCAUGUCUAGUUCACCAUUGGCUUCUUCGCCAAGCACACCAGGGGCCCAGAAUACAGCCCAAUCCCAAGUGUCUAGUUGUGUGAACCGUAUGAAUAAUUGGCAAGAACUGUCUCAUGCCCAACAACUAAAACAGAUGGCAGCCAAUAGACAACAUAACCUAAUUCAGCAGCACCAGCCUAACGCAUCUCCGAACUGGUCAAAUGUUCCUUCUACUGGACAAUCCUCAAGGCAGUAUGGACUGGAAAAGGUUCCAAGUCCCUUUCGACAACAGCAGCUAAGUCCUCAUGGCACUUCUGUGAGUACUCCUCCUGGAAGUGGAAACCAACAAAAGACAAUAGGUAACUACCUCUACAAAAGUAGCUCACCGAAUAACCCUGGUGAGAUGAUGAAGCCCCAGGAUACCAAUAAGAACUCUAUGACAGCCGGUCAUUUACCUGCAGAUCAUCAUCUUGGCAUGUCUAAGCCUCUGUUUCAUUAUAGUCCUGACCAACCAAACCAACAAGUGUCUUCUAUGUUGGGUACACAACCCAAACCUGGUUUGCAAUUCACACCACAACAACCUCAAAGUUCUUCGACAGCCCAACAUGAAUCCGCACAACAGGUUAACACAGUGCCCAACCAGUCACUGCCCAGGCCAUCAAACUUCCAGCAGAAGAUGAUGCCAAAAGUACCAAAUCAGCCGAUGCCGGGACUUCAGUAUCCACCUGUACAUCAACAACAGGACCAGCAGUGUAACACUACCAGUCUGGGCACCAGCUCAAGUGCUGCUUCUUGCUCAAGUCCCAAUGGUUACAAUACCCAGCAAGCAUUACUAAACCAGCAAAUGAUGGAGAAGACAAGCAUUAUGCAGAGACAGAUGCAGCAACAAAUGCUACCCGGAACGGAGAAAUGUAACAACCAGGAUCAAUUGAAUAGACAUUUGACAAGACCACCACCUGACUAUAAAGAUCAAAGAAGAGGCACGGUUGGUAUUCAGCAGGCAAAUCAGUUUACUGGUGCUUUGCCAACGGUAGGUGUUAACCCUGACCCUACUCUACCAAAUUCACCUUCAACUAAUAUGACACCCCAAAAUCAAACUCAUUCUUCAACAAACCAUGGAUCUAGGAUGCCACCUCUUCAGGGAAGUCCAAACAUGUAUGGGAAUGUACCUUGUCCCCAGCAAUCUAUGUAUAAUGGUAUGAGCCAAACAAGCCCUAAUCAGAUGGGAGCAAGCCAGAAUGGUAACAUUGUACCGCGCCAACCAGCAGUUACAUCUGGGACAAAUAUGGCACCCUUCGGUACUCAACCUGCAAGCAAUGGUCCACCCUUUAGACCCAGUGGACCAACUACAGCAGGACAAAGACCUCAAAAUGUCAUCAACAGUUCACCUCCCACCCAGAAAUGGAUGAGUUCAGAAGUAAAAAGGCAAGAUAUGGUAGGAUAUGCCAACCAGUAUUCUAACCAAUCUGUUCAAGGUAUGAUAGGUCAUCAGCAGUUCCCUCAACGUGCUUUAUCAAUGCCCAACCAAGUCAACCCUGGGGUACAAAUGACUCCUUUAAGUACUAUGGCACCUUCAAACAGUGGCCAAGCUAUUGAACCCCUACGAGGUUUUAACCAUGGGCAAUCUCCACUUAGAUCACCAAUGUUACCAAACAUGAGUCCAGCUGGUGGAGGGAUGACACCCAACACAUUUAAUUCAACCAGUCAAAUUUCUCGGGGGUUCCCUCGGAGUGACUCUACCAAUGACUUGGGUUCAUUUGAUUUUCUUUCUCAAAAUGGUGGACUGGGUUCAUCUCCGAAUGGUGACUCUGAUUUCAUUGACGCAUUACUAAAAACCGGUCACAUCAAUGACGACUGGAUGAAAGAUAUUAACCUGGAUGAGAUUUUUAAAGGCCACUCCUGAAGUUUUGUUUCCUGGAGGCAAUAAAAGACUAAACAAAAAUGUUUUUUUUUUUUUAAAUAUUGCACUUGCUGCAUCGUAUUCCCUCAGACAGGUAGGGUCACCAGGUUUUAAAAGGUAAGUUCCUUUUUUGGUGACAUGAUGAGGUGGAGAAGGGGAUAGACUCCAUUCAGGAGAAAUGAUAUCAUGUGACCUUCUCUAAGUUCCCACCAGCACAUACUUACCAUAGCUCUGGCUGUGGAGUGCGCUGCCAUCUUGUACAGACUUUUGGGUCAUUUUUAUGCCUUUUGGAUGAGAGGAUACAACAUUGUGUAUAUACAGUAGCACAGCUUCAAGAGAUGAUAAUACAUGUUUUUUUUUUGUUCUAUAUUAUUACAUUACACUGCGCCAUUUCUGCCUCUGCUUGUUCUAUUACCGACCAAUAAUCUAGAAUAUAUUUUGGCUAAGGGAAAAAGUAUAAGAAUGUUAUGUUGGCAAAUGUUAUGGUCUAUAUAAGGCUAUGUUCACACAAUUUUUGUUAGGUGCGUUCUACCAUUUUAUCCAUAAUUUUUUGCAUUGAAUUCAAUAGCACAGUACUGCAGAGCUCACAUAUUUUUAUGGCUGUAAUUACUAUGGUUGUAAUAAAAAGUGACAUAUGCAUAUUACAGUGUUAUACACACACUCUUUUAUACAUUUUUCAAUGCGUAUUUUGCACAUAAAUGUGUCAAAUCAUUUCAAGAUUGCAAGCCAUGAUCUGAUUACCAUAAACGGCAUGGAAAAUACUAAAAAGCAACCAAAUUGUGCCAAAAUAAUGCCAAAAAAGUCCUCCAUAAAACAACAUCAUAUAUAAAAAUAUACAAACUAAUUUUUAAGCCUCUAAAUACUCUGUGUGCACAUAGCCUAAGGUUUAGUCUUGGUCCAAAUACACUUGCUUUUUUGGGGGAAAAUGUCGGUAUGCCCAAUCUAGGCCCUACCAGGAGCUGCCAAACUUUUGCUUCUGUACAUGUUUGUCCAUAAUGGGGUGACCUACAUGCCCUGAUGCCCAUAUAAAGAACUGUCCAGAGCAGGAGAAAAUCCCCAUAGCAAACCUAUGCUGCUCUGGGCAGUUCCUGACACGGACAGAGGUGUCAGCAGAGAGCACUGUGGACAAGACAAAAAAAAGUAUUUAAAAUAGAAAAGAAUUUCCAGCUGCUAAUAAGUACUGAAAGGAUUAAGAUUUUUAAAUAGAAGUAAUUUACAAAUCUGUUUAACUUUCUGGCACCAGUUCAUUUAAAAAAAAAAAAUUCCACCGGAGGACCCCUUUAAAGGGGUAUUCCAGUGCUCAAAUAUGUAUGACUUACCCACAGUGUCUGAUCUUCAGAAAGGGGUCCUGAUUCUCCUUGUUGCAUGGAGCAGUAGGUUGGGCAUGCGCUCCAUGUCAAUGGGAGCAUCAAAGAUACCUAAAUACAACGCUUGGGUAUCUCAGGUGUUCCCAUUGUCAGUACAUGGAGCAUGGGCCGACCCAUUGCUCCAUGCAGCAGGUAGAACCAGGUCCCAGAGAUUGUAUCAGACACUUUUUCUCCUAUCCUCUGCAUAGGGGCUAAGUUUUUACAUGCUAAAGUACCCCUUUAAGUCUUGUGGCCCCUAGAUGCCCUAAUACGAAUGGAGCCAGAUUUUAGAUCAGCUUAAUACCCCUUUCUUGUAGGAGAAGUAAACGUAACAAGACCCCCCUCUACCUAUAAACACAAGGUUCGAGUGAUCCAGCACUAGGGUUGCUAUUUUCUUCCCGCUUCCACUGUACUUCCAAAGCUUGUCCACGAUAGUGGGAUUUGUAGUGUGAACCUGCACUAGGAGGUGGGCCUGGUUUUCAUUUUUUAUGUUAUAGUGUCCCAUCUCUCUAUUAACUAUGCCCUCAGCAGGUAGUACACUUGCUGACAAGACGCAAAACCCAAAAGUGGUUGUUUCAGGUGCGUUCCCUGGCGUCUUAGAGCAGGGAACGCGCAAUGAACUUGAGUAGCAGAGAAGUUCCAUAGACUUGUAUGGGUGAUGCCAUAAAGUAUAGAGAAUUAUUACCAUCUAUGAUAGCUGCAUGUAAGGUUUAAAGGGGUACUCCGCCCCUAGACAUCUAACCCCCAAAAGGAUAGGGGAUAAGAUGUCUGAUCGCGGGGGUCCCGCUGUUGGGGACCCCCGCAAUCUUGGCUGCGGUACCCCAAACAUCCGGUGCACGGAGCGAACUUAGCUCUGUGCCAGAUGACUGGCGAUGCGGGACGGAGGCUUGUGACGUCACGGUCACGCCCCCUCAAUGCAAGUCUAUGGGAGGGGGCGUGACGCCCCCUCCCAUAGACUUGCAUUGAGGGGGUGUGACCGUGGCGUCACGAGCGGGGUGUGACAGUGACGUCACGAGCCUCUACCCCGCAUUACCAUGGAGAGCGGAUAAGAUGUCUAGGGGCGGAGUACCUCUUUAAAGGCCCUGAUUUUGGUUUAUUUGGGUGUAUGGUAGAACCCCACUACCAGGAAUUGACCUACAAUGACAAAGCCCUCAUCUGUCUUGUCCGUUUGGCAUUUUCUGCACAGAGUCUAUUUGUCCAUAUUUCAUCCUAUAUUGCAGUCUAAUGGUUUACCCAUGAAGAUGGUACUGGUAGGGCACAUGGUACUGGUAGAGUUUUUUUGUCUUCAAUAAGUGUUUGGCUUUACAUUUUAUUUUGGUACUAUUUUUUUUUUUUACAAACCAAAAACUGAUUAGUUAGGGUCUAUGCACACUACAGGAAUUCUGCUCUGAAUUAUUUAGAGCAGAAUUCCCCUUGCAGCAGCCUUCCAUUGUUUUCAGUGGGAUUCCGCUGCAUUGUGCACCCUACAGAGGUUCCAUAGUGAAACUUCCGAGGUUAGUCCUGUCCAUAGGUUUGCUAUGGGGAUUUACUUGUACUCUGGACAGUUCCUGACAUGGGCAGAGGUGACAGCAGAGAGCACUGUGGUAAGACAGAAAAGAAAUUCCAACAAAAAGAAAAGAACUUCCUCAGGAGCUGAUAAGUACUGGAAGGAUUAAAUUUUUUAAAUAGAAUUAAUGUACAAAUCUGUUUAACUUUCUGGCACCAGUUGAUUUGAAAGAAUUUUUUUCUACCGGAGUACCUCUUUAGGCGCUGAUUCCAGUUGAGGCGGUUACUGAAUAAUUCUGAGCGGAAAUUCCAUAGUGUGCAUGGGCCAUUAUUCACAUAAAAAAAAAAUAUAAAAAAAAAAUAAGCUCAUAGAAUCUUACUAUAGGCAAGAUUGACAACUGGGCCAUCGAGCGCUGCUUUUGCAGAAAAUUGCAAGACAUUUCUUGACUAGUAUUCUGCCUUCUAAUAGGAAGCUGUAAGAAUUGUCCAUUUUCCUUGUAGACUUUCUGUGGGUUUACAUUACCCGAGGGUAGAGAAACAUUGCAGUUGCAGUCCAUCAAGUUUAAAGGGUUAUCCAGGAAAAAAAACUUUUCUUUAUAUAUCAACUG